GUUGAUUAUGUUGACAUGUCAGUUUUCUGCAUUACUUUAAUUAAGUGACGGUAAUGCUAUCGUCAUUUUUUUUCAGGAAGAAGUAGCUGCCAGUCUCAACAACCUCGUUGAUUCUGCGAACAAGACUGACAGUCAGAUUCAGGAGCUGUGGACGCAACUGAUUAGCCGCUUUGGUGGCCUAAAGUCAGAAGCCAGACGAGACGCUGUGGAACAAGUAACCAAGAUACAGAAGAUAGCUGAGGCGGUGCAAGGCAACGUCCACAAAAAGAUCACGACGGCCAAGGACGUGCUGCUCACGCACGAGAUCGCCUACCCGGGAUUCUUGGGAAUGCGGACGGACCCCUUCCAGGCGGGCAGGAUGCGGCUGAGGCUGGUCACCUUCGUGACGUCACUGGUCGUGGUCGUGUUCGUGCUGUCCCUGGUGGUCACCAUCGCGCUCGGAAUCUCUAUGCGCAGCCCGGAGACGAUGCCCGCAGAGAAGAGCAAGUUCUCAAACUUCGCCGGCCUGGCAAUUCUCUUUACAGCCUACGGCGCACUGCCUGCGUCGGCCGUGCUGCUCGUGAUUGGCCGUAACAUCAUGAGCAUGAGUGUCGCCGCCCAGACGUUCAUCUGCAACCCAUACUCGAGGCGAAGCCCCAGUCUUGUGGACCACAUACGUUUUGCUGCCGAGCUGAAUCGCAAGUACACAGCGCACAUCCUAGACUACCUCACUUAUCCGUCCAGCUUCUCAAAAUGUGCAAGCGCCCUCGAGAAGGCUAUCAGGACUGACAUAGAGCCCCUUGAAAUCAUUGAUAUCGGACGAGUGAGGAGGAAGCUGCUUGGAGGGCCCUCAUCGACGGCGUACCGUCACAGCGACGCAGACUUGAGCACACUCAUGCAGUACGUGACCGACUUCAGGGCAUUCGUGGACGAAGAGAGGCAACGAAUAAGCAUCAUACCCGAAGGAAGUAUAACCAAAUUUAUCGACUACAUAACGUUCAGUCUUGCGACCGGUGGUGACGCCCUGGCUUCGAAGAUGACCGAGGUCAUCGAGAAGAGCUACCGGAACAUUGUGAGAAGAAAGGUUCUGAGACUCGAAGCAGCAUUUUCCGGAGUCAGGACCAACGCGAUCACUGCACUCGGACACUGCGAUGAGCUGAGACAGGCCUACGACUCCGGAGUGUCGCUUAUGUGCAACGUCAUCUUGUCAAACACGAACGGCUUCUGGGUGGCGCUAGUGAUCAUCUCGAUUCUGCUCACCUGUGCCUCGUUCACCUCCAUGCGGCUCUCGAGGCAGUGCCUCAAGAUGACCAGGCGGGAACGGGCCGUCUCCGAGGACGAGCCCGUAGGACACUCCCUCAAGGAAAGCCGUCAUAGCAUUUCCUCCCAGAUGCGUCCGAAAGUCGUGACGUCGGGUUGCGAGGAGUGCGGGGACUUCCGGGGCGCCUCGUCGACGCCGGACGACGACGACCUGGACGUGACCGUGUUAGGUAGCGUCCACAGCAACAGAUUCUACGGCGACGGCGUCGAAGGCGACCACUCCUUCAGAACCUAGAAGCUUUCGCGCUCUCUUCUCACUCGCCUCCGAACACCGCAUCAACCUUCUCACUCCAUCUAUUUCCCCCCCCACUUUAUUGACGCGCACCAAGGGUGGAACUCAUAGAAAGUGCUUACCUCAUGAAACAUCAUGUGUCCCGAAGAGUGCCUCCAAUAAACCAAG